UCAUGAUCCAGCUGAAGUUGCAGCCUCCAAGGAAAUACCAUCGGACGACGCGGUUGUGCAGGAUACGUCCCUACUCAACAGCAUGCCUUCUCUUGAGAAGGCUAAGGUGUCUAUACAGUCCAUCCUCCCCACCUGCCUCCGCGACCAUUGCUCGGCCGAGCUCUCAGCUUGUGACACCAAUCCCGAAUGCAACUCGGUAUUCUCCUGCCUCGAGAUCAAUUCGGCUCGCCACGAUAGGGCCGAUGCCAAGAAGUGUACUGAUAAGCUCAUGGGACUCGAUGAGAUCAAGAGGAACUUGAUCGCCUGCGCUGAGACUGCCCACUGCUUAGAGGGGAAAAUAUCUCCCUCGUUGAACGUUGAGGACGAUAUUGACUCCGUCCCUGGCAAGCCGAGCUCCCUGCUACAGCUCUCGGGAGGGGAUGUUGACGAUGUUAAGCAGCAGCCCAUGAAUGAGGAGGUUGAGAAACAGAAGGAGGAUGGCAAGAAGCUUGAGGUGGCCGAGGCGGAUCCCGCGGAUGAUCCGAGCACAGCCAACGGCACUACUAUAGCGGUGGCCUCCUCUAGUAGCUUUGUGGAGGGCGCUAUACCCGACUUCCUCCAGCCUCUGAAGGAUGUCGCACGGAAUGCUCAGAGGUUUGCUGAGGAUAUGAAGAAGAAGGAGGAGGACCUUGAUGCAGUUGCCAACGGAAGGGGUAUGCCGACGGCUCAUCGAUCUCUACUACCAUGGACAAGCCCGGGUCUGCCAGGUGCCUCUCCUGGGCUCUCCCUUAUACAGGAGGAGAUGAAUGCUAAUGGCGAACGAACGGAUAAGAAGAACAUCGUUAAGACCCCAGAUGCUUUGAACAAUUCCCGAGACGAUUCUCGCAAGCAAGCCCUUGGAGAAGGACUGUCUCUGCUUGAGGGGGCCUCGAGGAGCGGCGACUGGGAAGCAGACCUCGAUAGGCAAGUGCGCCAGUGGAGGAGCUUCCUUGCCAGCGACUCUCGUAGAGGGAGGCAGUCGAAGGCCAACGAUGAUGAUGACGAUGAUGAUUCCUCCUCCUCCUUCCUUCAGAUUGCUGAUAAGGCCGAUGCACAGGGCGAUUGGGUGACCAA